ACAACAUGUAGUAAGUUAGUUAAAUGUCAUGCAAAACAAAUAUAUAAACUAGACUAAAAGGUUUCAUAGCUUUCAAAGCCGACACACAUAAAUCGGGACUCAAAAAAUAUAGUUAACAAAAUUAAAUUAUAAUUCAAAGAUAUAAAGCAAUCCCCAAGUAAUACCAAAUUUUGUGUGAAGAAAACAUGUCAGGGGAACCAAUGUCUUUCCUAUACCUGGAUAUGCUGGCCCAUAUUCUAUUUCGUGAUAUAGAGGAAAUGGCAAUGGAUUUCGAAACCAAGAGUCAGUUUUGUAGAGAACAAGAGCAGAAGUGCUUAGACAAUGCCAUAAAUGUCCUUUCAGUGCACCAACUUGUGAACUCACUAAACUGCAGCAUGCUAAGGCUGGAAAUGGACCUAAAUGAGAACGAGGCCAACCUGCUGCAGGCGGAGACAACUGUCUCCCGACUGGAGAGGAAUUGUCAAAGACAUCCUGGGAACCCAUCAUCUCGUGUUUAUCCUUUGGCUCGUGCCACAUACGAGGACCUCCUCGUACAGCUUUUGGCCACCGAAAAAACAGCUGCUCAGUGCAACAGCAUAAGGAGCGAACUUGAGGCGUUCCAUCAGGAGGUUGUAGAGAAACUAGCCCCUAGGAGUUUGAUAACCCAGAUCAUAAACUACCACACUACCAUCAUGGAGUCAAUGGAGAAACAGAUCAACCAAUUCGAGUCACAGAUUAAUCAAGUGCAAGAUGAGUUUAAAAGACUGGUUAAGGACAAGGAAGCCAAGAAAAGCACUGCCAAUUGCCCCUGCCCACUGAUUGAUUGUGAUGAGCCAAUGGACAUUCCAUAAAUAUUCAUAACUCUAGGCAUGUCAUCUGACGUUUGGUAACACAAUAUAUAUCCAUAUAUUCUAAAUGCA